AGAAGAAGAAGAAGAAGAAGAAGAAGGGUUUUGAUCGCAUCGUACACGCGCGGACCAAACAAACCUUCUUUGUUAACCUUAGCUGACUAAAUGUGGCCGUCAACCAUAAAUGGCUAUUUUAUUAGAAUUAAUGUAGUAUUUUAAGAGUGACAAUGAUCUCAGUAAGCUAUAUUCUGUUGUGCGGACAGUUCCUAAUGCUACUGACGGUGAUUCUAUUACAAUGUCUAAAAGGAAUUCACUCCCAAAACUCAUCGACAACGGUUUCUCCUGCUGUUUCUGCUGGUCAGGGAGCUAAGUUCAGCGAACAGACGGUGGAAAGUACAAAUUAUACAGAGCCAUUUGAGUACAACCCCCCGUCACCAGUAGUCCUCUGCAGCUAUUUACCAGAGGAAUUCAUCUACUGUCAAGAUCCUGUAGAUCAUGCAGGCAACCAUAGUGCCUUUCUGGAAAUGGGCCAUGGUUGUGUCGGAUGGGGUGGCCAGACUCAAAAAGAGGUGAACCACACCCCAGUUAUCUGCGCUGCACUCGAUGACAUAGAGUGUGCCGGACCAAGAGAAUUCCUCAGAGGAAACAUACCCUGCAUCAAGUACACCGGACACUAUUUCAUUACCACCCUGCUCUACUCGUUCUUCCUGGGUUGUUUUGGAGUCGAUCGUUUCUGCCUUGGUCACACUGGCACUGCUGUUGGUAAGCUGCUCACCCUGGGAGGCCUGGGAAUCUGGUGGUUUGUGGACUUGAUCCUGCUCAUCACUGGCGGCCUGAUGCCCAGUGAUUACAGCAACUGGUGCACCUACUACUGAGACAGAGAUCCGAGUGUCACUGAGGAGGACUUCUCACUCAAACAUCAGUUAAAUAUUGAGAAUUCCAGCAAUGUGGCCUCAGGCUGCCAUAGUUACACUGUGAGCUGACUAGGUUUUACAGCUCUGCUGUGCAAAAAGGAGUCCAGAGACCUCCUGAUGACUGUUCUGAAUAAAAUGAGCAAUUUAAAUUCAUUCUAACUAAAUCCACUUGAAAUUUCCCACAGAAUGCAU